GUUCAUUUCGUCGUCCCAUUGGAUGAUGGAGCACACAUUCUGGAUUCGGGGUGGAGCAGCUCGAGUAGCCAAAAGGGAGGAAAAAUGUGAGGAGUAAAAGAAAAAAAAGUUUCUUGCUGUGUAGACCAAUGCUUCGCCAGCCUUCUUAGUUUCCCCAAUGCUCGCUGCAGCAGUGCGCGCUCUCUCCAGUUUACCGUGGCGAACUGUGUCUUCAAAAAGGGACUUCUAGGCCACAAAGAAACAAGAUUGAACUGUUGGAAAGUCGGAGCACACGCAGACGCUGUGACAUUUUCUGCGGGGUAUUAGUUUGGAGAGGUUUUACGCAUUGCGCAGGAUGCAGGCGCGCUAUUCCGUCUCCAGUCCCAACUCUUUGGGAGUCGUUCCCUACAUCAGCAGCGAGCAGAGCUACUACCGGGCCAGUGGUGGAUACACUGGAAUGCCUGCGCCUAUGAGCAUGUACCCACAUGCGGCCCACGAGCAAUACCCGGCCAGCAUGGCCCGGGCGUACGGACCGUACGCCCCCCAGCACCAACCGAAGGACAUGGUCAAACCUCCCUACAGUUACAUCGCUCUCAUCACCAUGGCGAUCCAGAAUUCACCGGAGAAAAAGAUAACCCUGAACGGGAUUUAUCAGUUCAUCAUGGAGAGGUUCCCCUUCUACCGGGACAACAAGCAGGGCUGGCAGAACAGUAUACGGCACAAUCUCUCCCUCAACGAGUGCUUUGUCAAAGUGCCCCGGGACGAUAAGAAACCCGGUAAGGGGAGCUACUGGACCCUGGACCCGGACUCUUACAAUAUGUUUGAGAACGGCAGCUUUCUACGGCGCCGCAGGAGGUUCAAAAAGAAGGACGUGCAGAGGGAUAAAGAAGACCGGGAGAGGCAAAGCAAGGACCCCUCUGUCCGCCCCACGGGCCGAGAACAGGACGCAGCGGUGCAAGGCUCUCAACCGGUGCGGAUCCAGGAUAUUAAGACGGAGAACGGAACCACAACGCCGCCUCAGGCCACAUCUCCGACUCUGGGCGCCGUGCCCAAGAUUGAGAGCCCUGAUAGCAGCAGCAUGUCAACAGGCAGCCCUCACAGCGUCCCCUCCACCAGGUCACUCAGCAUGGAAGGAGCCGAACACCACCACAGCCAGGCCCCGGCGCAGGGCUUCAGCGUGGAUAACAUCAUGACCUCCUUGCGGGGGUCUCCGCAGGGAGAGCUCUCCCCACCUCUCAUCGCCUCGUCUCGGACAGGUAUCACCCCGUCACUCUCGCUCAACUACUCCCCGAACCAAACAUCCGCCUACAGCUCAACAACCUGCAACCAGAGCGCCAUCUCCACGAGCCCCAACGCGACUUAUCACUGCAACAUGCAAGCAAUGAGCCUGUACGCUGGGGACAGAUCGUCUGGAGGCCACCUGGCGCCGUCCACCACGGUGGAGGAGGCUCUGCCCGACUAUUGCAUCACCACAACCACCGCGUCCCCGCUUGGGCACGGAAACCUAAACCAGGCAGGCCAGGACAGUCACCACGCGCACCAGGGUAGGCUCGCUUCCUGGUACGGGGACCUGAGCCACCUGAGCCCGGGUUACCCAGCGCAGCAGCAGAACUUCCACUCUGUGCGGGAGAUGUUUGAGUCUCAGCGGAUCGGGUUGAACGGCUCCCCGGUUAACAGUAAUAAUAGCUGUCAGAUGGCGUUCCCGUCCGGCCAGUCCAUCUACCGCACCUCAGGAGCGUUUGUUUAUGACUGCAGCAAGUUCUAAAACCAAAAGCGUCUUUUAAAUUAAUAACUCUAAUAUAUACUUUCUAUAUUUUUUGUACUUUUGGUCUUUCUUUCAAAACUCCAAAUGGACAUGAUAUUCUGAGGGUUUUUCUCGAGAGCUGUGUAACACCAAAACACGUAAGUUUCUUUCCCUCUCACUUUGAGAAUUGUUUAUAAAAUGGCUCAAAUACCAGCUUUUUAUGACUAAACUGUAAAUUAUAGCCUAAUAUAGUAAUUUAUUUUUAGGAAAGGGGAGUGGUUAGAUAUUGAGGACCAAACACUUAGACGUUUUCCAGUUUUCUCGCUGUUGCCUUUAAUUUGCUCAGUUCUUGUAUAGAAAUAGAGGAGGGAGGGAGGGAGAGGGGAGGGGGGGACUUUGUAGCCAUACUGACCUAUUUUAUUCAUUCUGUGUUGUUUGUUUAAAAAACUAUUUUGAAGGCAUUACAGUUUGUUUUGUUUAAUAAAGUGCCGUCUAUUUGAUUUUAAUUGGAGUGAUUUAUUAGUAUUGGUAACCCUCGAAUGGAGCUGGUUUAAAAACGAGAAGCCGAUAGUGUAAAACAAGAUCACAGCUUAAAAUAAGGAUGAUUUGAAAUGAUUUAUAACAUCCCAUAAAUUCAGACUAAAUAUCCGAAGUUUUUUGGCCAAAGAAAAUAAACUUUUUUUCAGGAAAAAGUGCAAUGAGCGCGGACAGUGUUGCAAAUGCGCAAAGAGGACUUCUUUUAGAGAAUACACAUUAUUUGGAUUUUGUUUCAAAAUUUGAGUGAAAACGUAUAUAAUAAUGCAAUUAAUGUGCCUGCGUAUUUGCUCCAAGAGGGAAUAUUUUUUUUAAACCUUUUAGGCUGCGGCCUCCAGAGAUGCAACUUCUUUUCCCUUUUUAAAGCUCUUUUUCUUUUCCUUUGUUUUUACCCUUCGGUCUCACCUGCACAUGGUAUAUUUUCAGUUUUGAUUGUAAAUAACCUGACAGUAAAUAAACUCACGCGUGGCAGCA